AUGUUCCCUCCUCUCUCUCUCUCUCUCUCUCUCUUACACAUUCAUAUCCUCUCUCUCAUACAUAUUCUCUCUUUCACACAUACAUUCUCUCUCUUGCGCACAUUCCCUCUCUUAUACACACAUUAUGUCACUUACACAUGGCCUCUCUCUCAUACAUUCAUUCUCUCUCACACGCAGAUUCCCACUCUCUCACAUACACCUUCCAGUCGUCUCUCACAUAAAUUCUCUCUUGCACUCUUUCCGUCAUUCUCUCUUACAGAUACCUUAUCUCCCUCUUUUUCUCUCUCACACACUUUUUCUCUCACACAUUUUCUCUUUCGUAGAUACAUUCUCUAUCCUAAAGACAUAUUCCCUCCCUCUUUCAUAAACAUACAUUCUCUCCUACACACACAUUCUCUUUUUUUCAUAUUGUCUCUCUUUCCCCCCUCUCUCUCUCACUCUCUCUCUAUCUCUCUCUCUCUCUCUCAUGCAUAA